UCUUAGAACUGGAGAAGUGUACGAAUCGUUGAUAUUUUCUCUUAAAAACUGUACAGCUUCGGCGGAGUUAGAGCUUCUGAUCAUUUGUUUAGUUAUAUUAGCAGUGUUAAACGAUGUCGGCGUUUCUUCAUCAAAGACAACAGCAGCAGCUCUUGGAAAAUCCCUAUCCGAUUUCACCUCGUUCUACAAGUGGUCACCAAAGAUCUAUCCAUCCUUUCGGUCGUACUGGUCUGCUGGUUUUGUUGUCUCUUAUGGUAGUUUUAGGAGUUCUUUUGCCAUGGAUGCAUACGUCGGAUGGUCUUUUUUCACGCAGUGAAGCUUCGAUUUCAAAAUGGCCGGAUUAUACGCUUGACGAAGCAGUGGCUUUCGUGGCAAAGAACGGAACCGUUAUAGUCUGUGCCGUGAGUCAACCGUAUCUUCCUUUUCUAAACAAUUGGUUGAUUAGCAUCGCCAGGCAGAAGCAUCAGGAGAAGGUCCUUGUCAUUGCGGAGGAUUAUGCGACUCUUUACAAGGUGAAUCAGAAGUGGCCUGGUCAUGCCGUGCUGAUACCCCCUGCACCCGAUGCUCAGACUGCCCAUAAAUUUGGUUCUCAGGGAUUCUUCAAUUUUACAUCUCGCAGACCUCGCCACCUGCUGCAGAUUUUGGAGCUUGGGUAUAAUGUUAUGUACAAUGAUGUUGAUAUGGUCUGGUUGGCAGAUCCAUUUCCCUAUCUCCAAGGGUAUCAUGAUGUUUAUUUCACUGAUGACAUGGCUGCAGUGAAACCCUUGAACCACUCUCAUGGAUUGCCAGCUCCUGGGAAAAAAGGGCGUACUUAUAUUUGCAGCUGUAUGAUUUUCCUGCACCCCACUAGUGGAGCCAAACAAAUCAUGAGGAAGUGGAUUGAAGAACUUCAGGAACAGCCAUGGUCAAAGACAAGAAAGUCCAAUGAUCAGCCCGCAUUCAACUGGGCUUUAAAUAAAACAGCUGGGCAGGUGGAUCUGUAUCUGCUACCUCAGGUAGCAUUCCCAUCGGGAGGAUUGUAUUUCAAGAACCAGACAUGGGUCCAAGAAACCAACGGAUUGCACGUCAUUAUUCACAAUAAUUACAUCACAGGUUUUGAGAAGAAGAUAAAGCGAUUUCACGAUUUUGGGCUUUGGCUAGUUGAUGAUCAUUCUCUUGAGUCACCACUUGGCAAACUAUGAUGAGACAUUGAGGCAUCCAUCUUUACAGGACCAAAUUGUUCCGGGAGAAAAAAAAAAAGAAAACUAUCGCCAUUAUUUUGAAUUGCAGCUACCCC